AGCAAAAGAAAGAUGAGCUUCAUCUCUGUACUUCAAUCUGCUACAAGAAACUGUGUUUUCUUUAGAUUUAAUUCACUGACCAGUUGGAGAAAAUAUAACACAUUAACUGUAAGCUCCCAGGGCUGUCAUCGAGUACAAAUGAACCGUAUAGUAAAUAAGUAUCAGGGGCUGAGUGUAAAUCAGUGUGAUUGGUUUGCUUUUCAGCCUGGCAACUUUCAUUUUUAUAAGACUUUUGUUAACAAAAGAACAAGAUGCAUCACAAGUACCAAAAGUAAGGAAAUUUGGAGGAUUACUUGCAAACAUACUGCACGGAAUGACUUUUUCUCAAGACAGCUAUUGAUGAAAGAAGCUGCAAUACUUUGGGAUUUUUCAGUAUUGUACCCUCUGAAGUGUUUUUCCAUAAAAGAGAUAAGAAGUUUCCACACUUCUCCACGUUUUCAAGCUGCUCCAGUUCCUCUGUUGUUGAUCAUUCUUAAGCCUUUGCAGAAACUACUUGCAAUCGUUGUAGGCAGGGGCAUAAGGAAAUGGUGGCAGGCUCUUCCUCCUAACAAGAAAGAACUGUUUAAAGAAAGUAUAAGGAAGAAUAAAUGGAAGUUAUUCCUUGGCUUGAGUUGUUUUGGAUUGCUAUUUUUAGUGUUUUAUUUUACUCACCUGGAAGUGAGUCCAAUCACAGGAAGGAGCAAGCUGCUGUUAUUAGGGAAAGAACAUUUCAGACUUUUAUCAGAACUGGAAUAUGAAACUUGGAUGGAAGAAUUUAAAAAUGAUAUGCUAACUGAGAAAGACACAAGAUACCUCACUGUUAAGGAAGUGGUUUCUCAUCUAAUUGCAUGUAAUAAAGAUAUCCCGGGGAUUUCUGAGAUCAAUUGGGUUAUUCAUGUGGUUGAUGCUCCAGAUGUAAAUGCUUUUGUACUUCCAAAUGGACAAAUGUUUAUUUUCACUGGGCUUUUAAAUAGUGUAACUGAUAUUCAUCAACUUUCCUUCCUUCUUGGCCAUGAAAUAGCUCAUGCAGUACUUGGGCAUGCUGCAGAAAAGGCUAGCAUGAUUCAUUUGUUGGACCUCCUAGGUCUGAUUUUUCUCACAAUGAUUUGGGCCAUUUGUCCUCGAGAUAGUUUGGCACUUUUGGGCCAGUGGAUACAGUCUAAAUUGCAAGAGUAUAUAUUCGAUAGACCAUAUAGCAGAACAUUGGAAGCUGAGGCUGACGAAAUUGGACUACAGCUUGCUGCAAAGGCUUGUGUGGAUGUCAGAGCCAGUACAGUAUUUUGGCAGCAGAUGGAGUUUGCAGAUAGGCUCCAGGGUCAGCCCAAGUUACCAGAAUGGUUAUCUACACACCCUUCUCAUGGAAAUCGAGCUGAGCACUUGGAUAGACUUAUACCUCAGGCUCUUAAAAUUAGAGAGAUCUGUAAUUGCCCACCACUUUCUGGACCAGACCCUCGAUUACUAUUCAGACUCAGCAUGAAGCAUUUUCUUGAAGAAUCAGAGAAAGAAGACCUUAAUAUCACUGUUAAGAAACAGAAAAUGGAUACUUUUCCCAUUCAAAAACAGGAGCAAAUCCCAUUAACAUAUAUAGUUGAGAAAAGAACUGGCAGUUGAAUGAAAUUCUGUGAGACACAGGUAUAUGAAGAAUGCAGCAAACUUUAUCAUGUUAUGUGUUACUUCUUAAAAAAUGAUGCUUGAAAUGAAAAAAAAAAAUGGAUAUUCAGGGCCAAUAAUGUAUAUUAUACUUAUUAUCUAAAUUAUUUUACUAUCUAUUUUUCAUGAAAUAUUGAUUAUUUCAUUCUAGUUUAAAAUAUCUUCAAUGAGAAAAAUGUCACAGAAUAAAUUUAUAUUAUAUAUUUUA